GCCUGGAGCUAUUUUAGCUAUGGUUGAGAUAAGAAGUAGUAUAAAAUGGCAAGGAGAACUUUCCAUUAGGUGGCACAGGACAAAGGAAGAAAGCAAAGAACAUGGCCAGCAGAAAAGCUGCAGGGAAGGCAGCUGCUAAACGUGCUCAGCGAGGCUCCUCCAAUGUCUUCUCCAUGUUUGAGCAGUCACAGAUCCAAGAAUUUAAGGAGGCAUUUAGCUGUAUUGACCAAAACCGUGAUGGGAUCAUCACCAAAUCUGACCUCAAAGAAACAUAUAUGCAAUUGGGGAAGAUGAAUGUGAACGAGGAUGAGCUGGACGAGAUGCUCAAAGAGGGCAAGGGACCCAUUAACUUCACAGUGUUCCUGUCACUGUUUGGCGAGAAGCUUAACGGAACGGACCCAGAAGACUCAAUCCUUGCUGCAUUUAAAAUUCUCGACCCCAAUGCAACUGGCAAUAUCAACAAAGAUGAAUUAAAGCAACUUCUGAUGACACAAGCAGACAAAUUCACUGCAGAGGAGGUAGACCAGAUGUUCGCCGUGACUCCGAUUGACGUAGCAGGAAAUAUUGACUACAAGUCACUGUGUUAUAUCAUCACGCAUGGAGAUGAAAAAGAAGACUCAUAAACAUUCAGCUGGAAAUAAAAUCACAAGUUCUGCAGUCUGUUAUUUCA